UGACGUGUAAGCGAAUUAAAGGAGUGAAACUGAUUCAAUUUGAAUUGAGAAAAAAGGAGUGGAUCUAAAUCAAUUUCGAAUUAGUCCUCAGAAUGGAUGUUUGAGACCGUACAGUUGUUUGGAUUAAUAUGGUAUCAUUUUCCAAUUCAAGAUCAUAGUUUCUAACAUCAUAGAAUUGGAGAUUCAUUGGAAUAGAAAAUGUUGGCUUGAUUUGGGGGAAAAUGGAGUUGCUUAAAUUUUCUAAAUUCAAGAUCCAGCUUCAAGCCCUAAUAGCCGAAGUCCGACAACUCCGUGAGAGGGAACGCUCAACCAGAGAAGAGCUCCGUCUGUUAAUACAGGUCUCACUUAAUAUGGUUUCGCAUGUGCGGUGUUUUCUUUCAUAUUUUUUUCCCCUGGAAAAUUGUUUGUUCGGUGGUGUUUUGAUUCAGAAACAAAAGCAAAGCGAGGAGGAAUUGGUUAGAAGGGUGCAGGAUUUGCAGGCGGAGUUGGUUUCAUCCAAUGAACUGAGAGAAAAACUCGAAAGGAAGAUGAGCUACCUUCAAAAUGACAAUGCCUUGCUUGAAAACAAGCAAAGGGAGUUAAAUGGAACCAUACAGAACCUACUCCAGUCGAGGGAAAAUUUUGUUAGUGUUUAUGAGGACUCCACUUGUGAAAUGAAACGUUCAAUUGAAACCAGAGAUAGGAAGCUUGCUAUCCUUUCUCAGAAGAUAAAUGCUCAUAUAUUAUUAUUUGAUUCAAUAGAAAAGGAGGCUUCCAGUGUCAAGCAAGUGGUGAAUAAUGUGCAGCGCCUUGUGAGUGAAAAAGAAGAAGUAGUAGCAGGACUAAAAAGCAAAGUGGAAAAGGUUUCUGCAUUUGAGAAAGUGUUUUUUGAAAAGAUCAGUGAUCUGCAAAAUAAAUUGAGAAACAAUGAGGAGGAGCUCCAAAGAAAGGAUAAAAUCAUUUCAGAGAUCGAAGUAAAGCUGGAGGCAGCAAAUGUUGGUAACAACUGGCAACAACAUAUAGAAGAGCUCCAGAAGAGUCUGUCAGCCAAGGAUGCAGUCAUACAGAAUCUGCUUUCUGAGAAACAGGCAUUGCAUUUUGAAGUGGGAUGUUUAGGAAUUGUCUUACAGAAGAUUCAAGACGCUGUUACAAAUAUGAAUGAGAAGGAUAAAAGGGUAUUCUCCUCAAUACUGGAAGGACAGGAAGUAUGUGCUAUGGAAACAACAAAGGAAUAUAGCAGAAUUGACGAAGUGGUGCAAGGUAGUAGAGAAACCUCUCCACACAAGGCUUCAGAGGAAGAUGUAAAUACAGCUUCACCUGUAUCUCAGAAGAAUAAUCCAGUAAGCAAUGCCGUGCUGGAGAACAAGAAUUUUGACUCCUGUGUGUCAGAGUCUGCUUGCUUGGAACCUCAGUUAGAAGCUAAUAUUCCAUGCAUCUCUGCAAAUGGAGCAAAGGAUAACAACACAGCAUCAGUCUACCACUUGGAUUCUGAGAGCUCAACAACCCAAGCAGAAACCUAGGAAGAUCCCAAUAUCCUUGUUCAAAUUUCAGCAGGAUGUCUGAAAGCCAAUGCUUCUGUCUUUUCUAAUAGAACAGUCGUUGUUGGACUGCUUAUUGGGCCCCUAUUUUUUAAGAGAUUGCAGUUCAGUUGUCGGCUUUCUCAAAGAUCAACGACAUAGGUACAGGAAAGUUGUGUAAUUGACAUAGGCACGCAUGCCCCACUUGUAGAUGCCGUGCACGCUUUACAGAUUUGAAUGCCAAAUGCAUAAUUUGAAUGCAGGUUCGGGGAGGGGUUUCUGGAGCUCAAA